GGCAUUCUUCCGUGAAACACUGCGUUUAUUUCCCGCAGCAAUAUGGUUAUCGAAACUUGUAUAUGCUGAUGCCGUGCUUCCUGCACAACACUUUACUGUGGGAGAGAAGGGUACCCUCACUCCUGGCAAGCCUUUUUCAGUGGCAGUGCCAGCCGGUAGUGUUGUAAUACUUGAUAUAUGGAGCUUACAUAUGAAUCCAUUAUAUUGGGGUGAUGAUGUCGAGGAUUUCAAGCCUGAGCGAUUCAUUGAUUCGGACACAUAUCGCUGGCCACGGGAUGCAUUCUUAUCAUUUUCGGCUGGCCCUCGUGCUUGCAUUGGCCAAAGAUUUGCUUAUACCGAAAGUGUUUGCAUCCUCGCCAGCCUCGUUGAUCGAUAUGAAGUGCUCUUACCAGAGAACCUGAUGCACAAACCGUUUGAGGAGCAGAAGGAAAAAAUGCUGAAAUGGACACACAGCAUCACUUUGAUUCCAACCAACGCCAAUGUCAGACUCCGUCGGAGGACAUGAUGUAAAAUAGUCAAGUCAUCAUAUGCAAACCGUGCUGCUCCACGUGUUUGGAACU